UGAAAUGAACAGACCCACCAUCUUUCCCUUUCAAUUCUCUGCUGCUUUGAAAUUUCUUCCUAAUCACAAAGGCGGCUGAUACUGAUACAUAGUACGGAGUACAUCAUCUUCCUCUUCUAUUUAUUUAUUUAUUUAUUUUAACUUCACUUUCGCCUACCAAUUGGUUUCACUGCCUCCCUUUAUUUCUCAUCGUCUUCUUCUUUCCUUCUUCUUACAAGGUAAUCUUAAUUUCAUCUCACUUUGCUUUGUCAUCAUUAUUAUUUAUUAUUCAAUUUGCAUCUAUUUUAUUCAUCUCCCACCUUAGUUUUGAACUGGGUUUUGCUUAUUUAUGUUGAUUGUUUGAGAAAGUUAGUUUUUUUUGACUCGGGGUUUUAGCCUUUGAUGGGCAGGGUUUUGAAUUUGUCCUGUUUCUAUUGAUCAUCAAUUGGUUUAGGGUUUUUGAGAAUUUAAAUCAAGAACAAAAGUCAUGGGUUCCCAAUUUGGGGAAAUUUCUGAAAAUUUUGUAAAUGGGAACCAGCCUGUGAAUGGAAGCCUGUCCCCAGGUUAUGAUGAGUCAAUAAAUUAUGCCAAUUUGUUCAAUUACAAAGACCCUUCUCAAGACCUCACUUCCUUGAACCUCCCAAGCCCUUUAGAUUACCCGGAUGUGCCCGAGGUGAGCUCGUUCUUGGGGGCGAGCCAAGGGGUUGAAUUAUCAGAUGAUAGCGAUUCGGAUGAUGUUCUUAAAUACAUUAGCCAAAUGCUUAUGGAAGAGGACAUGGAGCAGAAACCGUGUAUGUUCCAUGAUCCUUUAGCUCUACAAGCUACUGAAAAACCUUUUUAUGAUGCAUUGGGCAAGAAAUACCCUCUCACUGACCAUACUGUAGAUAGCCCGGAUGACCGGUCAUGGAGCUCACCUAGUGAUUCUAGUGGCAGCACUUGUAGUUCUAGUUCAAAUUCAACCAAUUCUGUGGAUCCUACAGUGGUUGCUGAUUUGAGUGAUCAUAGUAAGCCCUUGGUAACUCAAGCUCCUCCAAUUCAAUCAUAUUCCCAGACACCAACCAUUUCUCAGUGGUCAUUUGGUCCGUUCAGUUCCUUUAGUGGCAGUACUUCUAAUGGUUCAUUUCCUUCCGGUCUUGAUUUGCCAAUGGAUAUGAAUUUUUUUAGCCAGAAAGAGUCCAUAAUUCAGUUUCAGAAGGGAAUGGAGGAGGCUAGUAAGUUCCUUCCAAAGAACAAUAAUAUCGCCAUUGAUCUGGAGAACAUCAAUUUUCCUAGUGAGACAAAGCAGGAUGCUUCAACCGUGGCUGUUAAGAAGGAGAAGGGUGAAUCUCCUGAUGAAUCAAGGGGAAGUAAGAUUCAUUAUCGUGAGGACGAGGGUUUUGAGGAAGGCAGGAAUAGCAAGCAGUCAGCUGUUUCUAUUGAAGAGGCGGAGUUGUCUGAAAUGUUUGAUAGGGUUUUGUUAUGUUCUCACCCUAAGCACGAUUGUGCCAUCCCUUUGGACUCUGAGAAGGGAUUACCAUCACAGGCUAGCCAAUCACAGGGACAGCAGGGAGGAAAGGGUCGACCUAGGAAACAAGGUAGUAAUAAAACUAUGGUUGAUCUAAGGACUCUAUUAAUCCUCUGUGCGCAAUCUACUGCAUCGGAUGAUCGUAGAAUUGCUGAUGAAUUGCUGAAGCAGAUUAGGGAGCACUCAUUUGCUGGAGGGGAUGGAUCACAAAGGUUGGCUCAUUAUUUUGCUAAUGCUCUUGAGGCCCGCUUGGCUGGAACUGGGUCACAGAUUUAUACUGCCCUGAAUUCCAAGAAAACAUCAGCUGCUGAUAUGCUGAAAGCAUAUCAGUUCUUCAUUCGCACAUGCCCGUCGAAGAAGAUCUCUAUUGGCUUUGCAAAUCAUACAAUUUUUAAUGAAGCCAAUAAAGCUGCAAAGCUUCAUGUCAUAGAUUUUGGCAUCCUCUAUGGAUUCCAAUGGCCUGCCCUUAUUGAACGCCUGUCAGAGCGAGAUGGUGGUCCCCCAAAACUUUGUAUUACUGGGAUUGAUCUUCCCCAGCCUGGGUUUCGGCCAGCCGAAAGGGUUGAGGCAACAGGACGUCGCUUGGCAAAAUAUUGUGAACGGUUUAAAGUCCCUUUUGAGUAUCAUGCUGUUGCACAAAAAUGGGAAACAAUAAGAGUUGAGGACUUGAAGAUAGAAAGUGAUGAGGUAGUUGCAGUUAACUGUCUAUACAGGUUCAAGAACCUCCUUGAUGAGACAAUAGUAGUGGAUAGUCCGAGGAAUGCAGUUCUGAACUUGGUGAGGAAGAUAAAACCUAACGUCUUUGUGCAUGGUGUUGUGAAUGGAUCUUACAAUGCUCCUUUUUUCGUCACACGUUUCAGAGAGGCCCUGUUUCAUUACUCCACCUUAUUUGAUAUGUUUGAUACCAAUGCCUCCCGGGAGGAUUCUGAGAGAUUGAUGUUCGAGAAAGAGUUUUAUGGCAGGGAGAUCAUGAAUGUUGUCGCUUGUGAGGGCACAGAGAGAGUUGAAAGGCCAGAGACAUAUAAGCAGUGGCAAGUCAGGCUUAACAGGACGGGGUUUAGGCAAAUGCCGUUAAAUCAGGAGAUCAUCAACAUGCUGAGGUGCAAGGUCAAGGGAAAUUACCACCGAGACUUUGUCAUUGAUGUUGAUGGGCAUUGGACAUUGCACGGAUGGAAGGGGCGGAUAACCCAUGCCAUCUCUGCAUGGGUUAUGGCCUAGAUCUUAAUGCAGCGCACCUCAUGGGUGAUGGUCCUCAAGGCUGAAAAACUGCACAUGUACUUGGGGAAUGCUGCAAGAUGACAUUUUCUAAAGGUUUAGUUUACUAACAAUGAGUUGGGUGGAGCUAAUUCGCGGAAGCUUGUAAUUUGUUCUGAUAUGAAACAAAACACUUGUGUAUCAGAAAAUGUCGACGCAAUGAUAACCGGAUGCCUGAAGUGUGGAAUGUAGAUAUUGUAACAUGAAAUUUGCAGACUGUUUCUUUUUGUGAAUUUUCGUUGGCUUCGUAUUGUUAUACUUCUACUACUCCAUAUGAGAUAGUUAGAUCUUAGGUGUUUGUUCUCACACAUGCUUGCAGUUUUUAGAAUGGGUUAGCAAAGCAAUACAAGUAUUUUGUACUGUA